AUGCGUUAUACCACUCUGGCUACCGGAGCGCUGGCUCUUAUAUCUAGCACUACGGUCCUAGCGCAGACAGCUUCAACGACUCUGCCUACGGCGGCAUCAACUUCAACAUCCCAGGCUGCUUCGCAAUUGGACACUUUGAGCCAAUAUGCCUAUAACGUCUCUACAGACGGUGUUGACAACAGCACCACCAACAAACGUAGCGGCUGCAGCUUGAGCAAUCUGAAAAUCCGUCGGGAGUGGUCCACAUUCAGCACGAAACAGAAGAAAGCAUAUAUCAAUGCAGUGCUCUGUCUCCAGAGCAAGCCUUCUAAGACUCCUUCUGACCUGGUCCCGGGAGCGAAAACACGAUACGAUGACUUUGUGGCUACACAUAUCAACCAGACACUCGAGAUCCACUAUACUGGAACGUUCCUCGCAUGGCAUCGUUACUUCACCUGGGAAUUUGAGCAGACCCUGAUCAACGAGUGCGGCUACACCGGCACUAUUCCGUACUGGAACUGGCCUGCUGCCGCCAACUCUCUGGAGACUUACCCAGUCUUCGAUGGAAGCGACACGUCUAUGUCCGGUAACGGGGUGCCUCGUGGGCCAAAUGAUACAGACAGCGACAUAGUCCUAUCACUUGCCGGUUAUGCUGAUAUCUAUCUGCCUCUCGGCACCGGAGGCGGUUGUGUAACCAGUGGCCCAUUUGUCAAUUACACUGUAAAUCUGGGCCCAGUGGCUCUUGCAUUGCCUGGGGGCGAAUCAGCCGCGGCGGCCAAUCCUCUCGACUACAACCCUCGCUGCUUGAAGCGUGAUCUGACCACCGCCCUCAUUCAGCAGUACGCCAAUUUCACGUCUGUAGUGAGCCUGAUCCUUAACAAUGCCGACGUCGCCGACUUCCAGCUUGCCAUGCAGGGUGUCCCGGGUAGUGGUGCAAUUGGUGUACACGGCGGCGGCCACUACUCGAUGGGCGGCGACCCCGGCCGCGAUGUGUUUGUGUCGCCCGGUGAUCCUGCCUUUUGGCUACACCAUGGCAUGAUUGAUCGCGUGUGGUGGAUUUGGCAGAAUCUUGAUCUCGCACAGCGCCAGAAUGCCAUCUCCGGCACCGGGACGUUUUUAAAUUAUCCGCCCUCGGCGAAUACGACGCUCGACACAUUGAAAAAUAAUCCCGAAGUUAUGAAAAUGUAUAUCAGCGAGUUAUACGUCUACCCCAUCAAAUCGCUCCAACCCACAAAACUCCAAGAGGCCACUGUCACCCGUCAUGGCAUCCUCUACGACAGAUGCUUUAUGCUUCUCAAAGUCGAAACGGCCACUGGAAAUGACGAUCAUAACAGCGGCAUCGAAACAGAGAGGACUAAGCCGACUUUGAGAAAUAUGCAUGUCCCACAUUUCCCGCAAAUGUCACUGUUCUUCACAGAUCUCGUUCUACCUGAUGACGAUGAGCAGCAAGAAAAGAAGAUUAUUGUCACGUAUCAGGAACCACCCGUUUCCGAGAACAAGCCGAGAAGAACAUUGGUGGUACCGCUGGAACCAGAUGUAGAUGGACUCGAAAAAAUCCCAGUGACGAUGCAUCAAAGUCCCAUGAUGGGCUACGUCAUGGGCAAGAAAUACAACGACUGGUUCAGUGAAUGCUUCGGAUUUCAAGUUGUGUUGACGUACACGGGAAUGAAUCGAAGGAGAGUUUUGGGAUCCAUGAAUCCGAAUAUUGCUCGCCAGUCUGACCAAAGAGGAGGGUGGCUGUCUACAUUGACGAGUUAUGUACCUCUUCUUGGAGCCGGUACCACACAAGAACGAGACGAGGAAAUUCUCACCUUUGCUGAUUGCGCAUCGUAUAUGGUGGUGAAUGAAAAGUCAGUCAAAGAUGUAGCAAGUCGGUUUCAGGCAGGUGAAGGAAGAGUAGAAGUUACCAGGUUCCGACCUAACGUGGUAGUUGGCGGGGCUGAGAAUGCAUGGGAAGAGGACUUUUGGUCAGAGUUGAGUGUGGCUACGGACGAUGACAGUCAAGACGUACAGCUUAUAUUGACAUCGAACUGUAUUCGGUGUCGCUCGUUGGACGUCGACUUUGAGACGGGUGAUUUCCACAAGACAGACGAUGGGAUUAUCUACAAGAAACUGAACAAGGACAGACGCGUCGACAAGGGUGCAAUAUACAAGCCUGUCUUUGGACGCUAUGGGUUUUUAAAGGAUGAUGUGGUGGCUAAAGUACGAGUUGGUGAUGCUGUAACUAUCUCGAAGAAAGCGGAGGAGCGGACAGUUUUUGACUGGCCAGGUUUAUGA